AUGCGGAGUGAAAAAGCGUUAGUUAAUUUCGUUCUUGGCGUGAGAGGGCGUCUUAUGCGUGAUACUACUCAUCUUAAGGUUGAGGAAAAGGUAGAUCAGCUCGAGGCGACUACGAUAUCUAUACAAGAUAUAAUGGCAAUGAUGGGAAAUGGACAGAGUGAAAAUGACCAGCAGAGCGAAUUGGAUGAUGACGUAAUUCCCGAAGAAUGGCUUGAGGAAAUACGAAGAAGAAAGAAACUUGUGUCCGAGGCAUGCGAGAAGUUUAAAACUGUAAAAAUACCUCUGACAAAAGAAUGGAUUGAAGAAAACGGCGACCAUCUCAUCGUAGAAGACCAGUAUAAAAUCAUUUAUUGCCGCGUACCUAAAUCUGGGAACACAAGUUGGAAGCGCUUAUUGCUAGCACUGUCUGGUAUUAUAAACGAUACUUCUAUGGCUCAUGGCAAAAACGGAUUAAACCCCCGUGAUUCGGUUGAAAAAUAUUUGCAUACGUUGGAUACGCUGUCGUUUUCGGAAGCAAAACAAAAACUUAAGACCCACUUGAAAGUAAUGUAUCUUAGGCACCCCUUAGAACGAUUACUUUCUGCAUAUCGUAAUAAGUUGGAAAGAGAUCCUUGGACACAUGAUGGUGUCUCUUCGCAAGUGGUUCCAUACGUUAUGAAGCACUAUCGCGGUGUAGAACCCAUUCUUCCCGUCAGUGUUAGCCAAAGCCGUGGACGGAUAUCUGGUGUCCUUCCAUCUGGAGAAGAGUUCAGUUUUCCAAAAGACAAACCUCCAAGUUGGUACGUGGACACGUGCAGCCUCACCACUGCACCUCUCAUUGUCAGUAUAGCUCAUUCCGCCAGAGGCCCCACACUGCACGACACCUGCACUGUGAAAACAGUGUUCAGCUCCUUAACACAUUUCUAA